UCUCUGUUGCUGGGUUUCUCAAUUCCUUCCUCUUCGUUACUGUUUAUGCCUUAUGGGCGAUGCGAAACCUGGGACUGUGAUGGCUAACAGAGAUCGGGAGCUUCUGAUUCCAGUUGCUCAUUCCGGCGAGGAUGCUACACCCAAACCCUCGUCUUCUUCUUCUUCUUCUGUUCAUAACCAGUCAACUAGUUAUGGCUAUGAAAGCUCGUUUGCCUACAAUCAAUCCGAAGACGUUGAAUCUGCUGCACGGAAUGCUCUUCUUCGCGAACAAGAAAUUGAAACGCAGAAGAUCAUACAAGGUCAAAGAGAGGCUGGGACUUCAGUAGCUGGAGAUAAUAACACUGACAUUCUUCAGCAUCGUGCUGACCCCAAUGCUCUAAAGGAACAUUUGCUAAAGUUCACUGCACAUCACCGGGCAGAAACAGCAUCAAAGCGUGGAAGUGUGAGUACCUGUGGAGAAGGUCAUGUGGAUGUUGGAAAUGGUUAUGGUAUACCUGGUGGAGUUGCUUACGCUGGCCACUCGAAGCCUGAACCUACCGACGCUUCAAACAAUUUGCCUGAAUAUCUCAAACUAAAACUAAAAGCCAGGGGAAUUCUCGGAGAUGGUACAGUGGCUGCUGCAACAUCCAACACGCAAGAAGCAUCAGCGGUUAGUUGGAAUAGACAGACAAGUGUACCUUUUCAGACAAAUACAAGCACCUUACCAUUAGGAUGGGUUGAUGCAAAAGAUCCUGCUACUGGUGCUACAUAUUACUAUAACCAGCAUACCGGAACAUGCCAGUGGGAAAAGCCUCUUGACAUAUCUUCCAACUUUUCAAGGCCGCCACCUUUACCUCCUCAAGAGGAGUGGGUGGAAACACUUGAUGAAACAUCUGGUCAUAAAUAUUACUACAAUACUAAGACACAUGUAUCGCAAUGGGAGCCUCCAGGUUCUUUAAAGAAGCCCGCUUCCACAAAUUCUAUCAACAGUGUCACCCAAAAUACCGCUAAUGGGAAGAGGGAGCAUCCGCACUCUCAGCUGCCAAGAUGCAGCGGAUGUGGUGGCUGGGGAGUGAGCCUUAUCCAGAGCUGGGGUUAUUGUGCCCACUGUACCAGAGUUUUCAAUCUCCCAGAACAGCAGUACUUGGCAGCAAGUUUAAACUACGUCACAGAUGCAGGAGAUUCUAGCCAAAAGGAUCCGAAUCAGAGGUCAAGUUCAAAACCUCCGAUGAAAAAGGGAUUAGGCAAAAAACGUGCUCUUGCCGAGGAUGAUGAGUUGGACCCAAUGGACCCAAGCUCUUACUCAGAUGCUCCACGGGGUGGCUGGGUUGUUGGACUGAAAGGAGUACAACCACGAGCUGCUGAUACAACUGCCACAGGUCCUUUGUUUCAACAGAGACCGUACCCAUCACCAGGAGCUGUUCUAAGGAGAAACGCAGAGGUGGCAUCAUCGCAGAAGAAGAAACCAAGCUCUCAUUACACGGAAAUUACAAAGAGAGGCGAUGGAAAAGAUGGUCUUGGAGAUGCAGAUUGAGAGCUACUCAACUAUAGUCUUCUUCUUUUGUUUUCGUUGUUGCAUUUUCUUCUAGACUCUUUGGAGUGAGUUUGUUCGUUAGUCAACACGAACCAUACGAAAAUGUGAAUUUUAGCAUUAUCCGACAAAGGGCUUUUACGUUAUCUAAAUAUAAGUAUAACUAUGAAAUACUUGCAUA